GCGUCGUCCCGUCUUUGUCUCGGUGUCGGAGCUCCGGUCCGCGACCCCGAAAGGGCGCAGUGGGGCGGCGGGCAGGGCGGACUCGGGGCCCGCGCAGGUGAGGCGCGGCUCCAGGGCCGCCGACUCCGGGCACGCGCCCCGGUGGUUUUCUUGCUCUGCCGGCGCUCGGAAACUUCGAGUUCUCUGUUCUCAAAAUGCAGACGCGCAGCGCAGAAAUACGGAGCAUCUCUGUGUGGGGUGGAGCUUUCUUAGUAAAACAAAAGAGAAUGAAAGAAGUAGAUAAUCUUGAAAGUAUAAAGGAAGAAUGGGUUUGUGAAACAGGAUCUGACCACCAACCUCUUAGUGAUAGUCAACAAACAAAUUGUGAAUAUUUUGUUGACAGCCUUUUUGAGGAAGCUCAGAAGGUUGGUGCCAAAUGUUUGUCUCCCACUGAACAAAAGAAACAGGUAGAUAUAAGUAUAAAAUUAUGGAAAAAUGGAUUCACUGUCAAUGAUGAUUUCAGAAGUUAUUCUGAUGGUGCAAGUCAACAGUUUCUGAACUCCAUCAAAAAAGGGGAAUUACCUUUAGAAUUACAGAGAGUUUUUGAUAAAGAGGAGGUGGAUGUUAAAGUUGAAGAUAAGAAAAAUGAAGUAUGUAUGUCAACAAAGCCUGUGUUCCAGCCCUUCUCAGGACAAGGUCACAGACUGGGAAGUGCUACACCAAAAAUUGUUUCUAAAGCAAAGAAUAUUGAAGUUGAGAAUAAAAAUAAGUUGUCUACUGUCCCACUAAACAAUCUGGAACCCAUCACUAAUAUACAGAUCUGGUUAGCCAAUGGGAAAAGGAUUGUCCAGAAAUUUAACAUUUCUCAUAGGAUAAGCCACAUCAAAGACUUCAUCGAAAAAUACCAGGGAUCUCAGAGGAGUCCUCCCUUUUCCCUGGCAACUGCUCUUCCUUUCCUCAAAUUGCUAGAUGAAACACUCACACUGGAAGAAGCUGAUUUACAGAAUGCUGUAAUCAUUCAGAGACUCAAAAAAACCGCUGAACCUUUUAAAGAACUUUCAUAGCAUUGAUUUUUGAUACACUAAAUGGAAAGUUUCCCCAAAAAUGAUGGUCAUAAGUGGACAUGCAAAUCAAAACAAGGGAAAGUCAGAUUUGCUGGGUUUUGCACUGUUUAAUUCCCUGCUGAUGAGAUUUUAAAAUAAGUACAAGUUAGGAAAGUACACUAUUACUGGAAACUAUAUUCAGUGAACUCUUUCCAGAAGGCUACUCAGAAAGAAAAAUAUACUUAUUUUCAAAUACCAUUUAUUCAACAUAAGAUAUAUUCAAUAACUAUAGCAUCUAAAAUCUUAAUAUGCUAUAAAGUAGGAAAUAUGUGCAUAGCAUCUUUCAUUCAAAUAUCAUUCCCAAACAGCAAUGAUGUGUUUAAAUAUUAACUGUCUCAGAUUUUUUAAAUGGCAAUACAUUAAAAAAUUGUACAUGGCAGGUUAAAAGCAUCAAUGUAAUUUUCUUAUAUGUGAGAUACAAUCAUAAGGCUGAAAGGGUCUGCUUUUACCACAGCUUUACGUAAACCUCAGAAGUGUUCCCAAUUUGCAUACUCCAACAGUCAAAUAUUAACAAUAUCUGGAAUGUACUUUCAUUUAAGAAUAAAAUUGUGUAGCUUAGUAUAAUGUCAGUAUCAAUGUGCCGACUCAUAUUUCAACAUUUUCAAAAUAUGUAGAUUUAAGAGUUCUUUUUUCUCUAAGAACCUGUUUAUUCCCUACUUUGUUUUCUUUCAAAAACUAGGGGUUUGUUUUUAGCUGACAUUUGUAGUGAGCCGUUUGACACCACUCACAUAGAAUCUAAUGCUGGUGUUGUCACAUUACUAAUUAACAUUUUUAAAAUGCGUCAUGUGAAGUGUGGUUUUCUAUUUCAUACAUCAGUUGGCCUGUUUACGUAUUAAAGGAUUGUUUAUUACGUUCAGAUGUCCCUAUGGAAAACCUGCUUCACAUCUUAGAUUUUUAACUAAAACUGGUUUGACUUCAGUAUUUCACUGUCAGAUUAAAUCCUCUUGCCUGAAAAUAAGGAGCUUUUUGCAGAUGAUCUGUUGAAUCAUAUUUAAAGUGAAAUAUACAUUGAGUGUGCCAAGGAAUGAAGCAACCAUGCAUAUCAGCAGUAAUGUUCAUAGGGUACUGGAUGCCUGAUGGAAAGAGCAGUUCUCAAACUUUUUGGUCUCAAGACCUUUUGUUUAUGUGGGUUGCACAUAUUAAUGUUAUAUUUAAAAUAAAAGGUUAUAAAAUAUUUAUUCACUAAAAACAUGUGUUAACGUAAAGAACAUUUUCAUGAAAAAUGUCAAUUUUCCAAAAUGUCAAAAGACGGAGUGGGAAACGUGGCAUUGUAUUUUAUUUUCUGCAGACAUCUUUACUGUCUGAUUUAAAGAAGACAGAUGGGAUUUCAUUUGCUUCCACAUUCAGUCUGUUGCGAUAUCACACAUCAUGUCCCCUCUAGGAAAUGCUCCUGUACACUCAUGAAAAAGUGAAAAAAAAACAAGAAUAACAUCAUAAUAUAAUUAUGAAAUUAGUUUUGACCUUGCAGACCCCUUGAAAGAACUAAUCUUGUAACGCAGUGAUUUGCAGUGAUCUUCAAGCCUUAAUGCAUAAGGAUCACCUGGAAAGCUUUUCAGAAUGCCUAUUACCUGCCACCUACCACACGCACAUUUUAACAGUUCAUUGUAUUUGGGAUGGGUCCCAGAUCUCCACAUUUUUAAUCUCCAGUAAUUCUUAGGUAUGUAGUAGGAGAACCUGUCUUCAGGAAAUCCUGCACUAAGCUUCCACCCUAGGAAAGUAAAACCUGCAUGCUUCACCAUGGCAGUGUAAGACUCGACUGAAAUGGGGCUGUUAGACCUUUAAGUUUUAUCCUAGUCCCCCACAGUUUGUUCUUAAACUGUCCUUCCCUCCCCCCACCCCUUAAUGCUGAACUGAUCAUGAGAUAAACUUGUGCUUUAUCUUUUAUAAGUACAGCUGAGACAAGGCUGCAGUAUUUAAGUGAGGUUUUUAUUAAAGGCUCAGGGAUAACAAAAGGGAAAUAGACACAUAACUAGAUGACCUGGUUUAUAAGAUAUAUCUUCUGUUUGAAAUCCAUUUUGAGAAUGCUUGCUUUUCUAGCUCUCAGCUUUCCACAUGGUAGAGUUCUGUCGUUUUAUCAGGGAGAGGGGGAGAACAAAGGAGAGCCUUUUCCUUUCGUCAUUCACCCUCAGAAAUAAACAGACACAAAACAGAAAAUAUUUAUUGUCGGUAAAGUUUACGGCCAUGAUAGAGCCCUCUUGCUAGUGAAACAAAAACAAUGGCAUUCUUAAAAAAGUGAGGGGAUGCUAAGAUCAUACAUAAGAUGAUUGUUGAUAUAUUUUCAAGAAUCUGUAAGAAAAUGUUUCAUAUAGGCCUAUCAUGAAGCAUUUUAUAAUUUUCCUUUGCAUAAAUAUGUCAAUUUGUGAUUCUCCACAUAUUUAUAUGAAGGGGCUUCUUGUUGGAAAUAUUGUUCUCAUGUGUAUAGAAAAGCCUCCCUUGUGGGUUUUCCAGUUUGCCAUAAUUAUUAUCCAGAAGACAUAUUGGAAGUUUUCUUGGGUGUACAUGUAGAGUACACCACAGUGAGAAGUUCUUUAGAGAAAGACCUGUCAUCAGCAAUAACCCUCAUUUUUGUAACUGUGAAAACUUUAAUACGGGUGAUAUUCUCAAAGGUUUUCUAAGGUGAGAACCACCUCAUAAAGCUUUUUAUGUGAAAGUUUAAAAUUCUAAAGUUGUUAAUUAAAUGUCUAAUAUAGUCCAAACAUGUUGAGUUUAGAAAACAAACUGAAUUUUGCAAAGGAAGGCAAACUUGAAAAUAAGCCAAAAAAAAGUCAGCCUCUUCGGUGUGGAAUACAAUCUGACCUAAGUAGUUGUUUGAAAACUGGCCUCAAUCAGUUUAAAAGCAUUGUUAGGCCUAUUAUAUAGAAGUACAUAUUGAAUUUUACAAAUUUUAAUUUAUUGGUUACAUUACUAUGCAUUAUCCAGGUUAUAAAGGUGGUCUUAUUUAUUUUAUAUACUUCUGUCAUUUAGAGUAGUUUUCAUUUUACUUGUGUUGAAAUUAUGCAUGCAUCUAUUUCAGUGCCUUAAAAUAUUUUGAAAGCAAUCUUGAUAAUGGUUAAAGAACUGUUGUCUUAAAGAUGAAACACUGUUCAUUAAAAGGAUCUGUGAAAUAA